GUACAAUUUCAAUGUUGAUUGAUUCGAAUGUGAGCUUUUACUUCUAGUUUUUUCAUGGAUUUUUCGAGAAAGGGGCUAUGAGUUAGUGUUAACAAUGAGUUUAAAUAGCUCUUGCUAUUUAGUUAGAGGUUGUGAUGGUGCCUAUUAGAUUAGGUUGUUCCACAUUUCACAAUACCGGGAUUUGGAAGUUGCACGAGUGCUAUGAGCUUCGAGCUGAUGGAUGAUGUCUUGCGUUCUGAGAUUGAAGCUCCAACGAGUGUAGAUGGUGGGAAUAAGGAUGGUGCCUUGGGUGAUUCGGGGAGUGAGAUUAGUUCCAUGGUUUACUUGGAUUCUGAAGGGAAUAGGAGUGGGGUGUCGUCUGAGAAUGAAAACUGGUUACCUACCGGUAUAAGGCAAGAGAGUGAAGAUGGCUCGUUGUUAUUGGAGGGUGAUCCGAAUCUUGACGGCCUAUCUGUGAAGAGUGAUGCUAGUAGUUUAUGUGGGGAUAAUGUGUUAGGUUUUGAAGUGAAUUCUGAAACCGGGACGCCCUUUGUAGACGUUGGAAAUAGUAGAAGCGAUGUUGAGCUUGUUUCCGACACUAGUGGAUCUCUGUCUGUAGCAGUUGGUAAUGGAGAGGAGGUUGUAGAUGGUGCCACCAGCUCGAGAUCAUCCACAGAUGCUGCGCCGUUGGACAUAGGGCUGAACGGGAGAGCCAGCCGUAGUAUUUUUGAGGUGAGCUACGUGCCACUUUGGGGGCUUACGUCCGUGUCUGGUAGGAGACCGGAUAUGGAAGAUGCAGUGUCGAUCAUACCACAUUUUGUGGAAAUCCCUCUUCAGAUGCUCGUUGAUCGCCCUCCUGAUGGACUCACUUCCCCUGUGACUCAUGUGACGGGGCACUUCUUUGGAGUCUUUGACGGCCAUGGAGGCGCUCAGGUUGCAGAUUAUUGUAGGGAUCGUAUUCACUCUGCUUUGGCCGAAGAGAUUGAAAUGAUCGUUAGAGACUUAAGUGAUGGAGGAGAUAGAAGGGAACAUCGUGAAGAGCUGUGGUCGAGGGCGUUCACUAGAUGUUUUCUCAAGGUGGAUGAUGAGGUUGGAGGGAGAGGCGGUCGUGCACCCAUUGCUCGGGAGACUGUUGGCUCGACUGCUAUUGUUGCCAUAGUUUGCACGUCGCAUAUAAUAGUGGCUAACUGUGGUGAUUCGAGGGCUGUUCUCUGCCGUGGGAGAGAAGCCGUCGCCCUAUCCGUGGAUCACAAGCCCGAUAGGGAAGACGAAUAUGCCAGAAUCGAAGCAGCCGGAGGCAAGGUAUUCAACUGGGACGGAUGUCGUGUCUCCGGAGUUCUUGCUAUGUCUAGAUCUAUCGGAGAUCGAUAUUUGAAGCACCUCGUUAUCUCCGAUCCGGAGGUGACGGUCGUUCCACGCACUAGAGACGACGAGUGCCUCAUUCUAGCCAGUGAUGGUUUAUGGGAUGAGAUGACGAAUGAGGAGGCAUGUGACGUCGCACGUAGGGUUUUACAGCUGUGGCACAGGAACAACGCGGCCACACCUCCAUCCGAGAGAGGCGAGGGCGCGGAUCCUGCAUCACGAGCAGCAGCCGAGGCUCUCACACACCGUGCCCUUCAGAAAGGGAGCGGGGAUAACAUAUCUGUCGUUGUCUUGGACUUGAAACGCCAACGAAGGGGUAGGAGCAGACGUUAGCAUCGCCACCGCCGGCCGAUUCAACUUAAACGGCGGCGAUCUCGUUCGGCAUCCUCGUCGGUGGUGCUCACAAUAGGUGUGUAGCAUAGUUUGAAGAAGUAUGUCAUAUCAUAUGCCUCCGACCUAAAAGGGUGUGUGAGGUUUUUGAACUUUGUGUUUUAUUGUAAUUGAAUAACACAAGCUUUUCUUGAUUAUUGAAAUUCAUGGAUCGAUUGAGAAUAA